GCCUGCAUAAGGAACGCUACAGUAGGUUGACAAGUGUUAGCAAAAGAGCUCAGACUUGUACGGUGUAUUACAGGGUAUUGAGAUAGUUUCAUGAAAACAAAUACCUGUUUACAUAGACAGAAAAGUCUGAAAAUAGUAUGGACAAGCCAAACGUAGUUACCUGCACCGCCCCUGUGAAUAUAGCUGUCAUAAAAUACUGGGGGAAGAGAAAUGAAGAGUUAAUUCUACCCAUAAACUCAUCUUUGAGCGUCACAUUACAUCAAGACCAGCUGAAAACAACCACAACAGUUGCAACCAGCAGAUCAUUUCAGGAAGAUCGGAUAUGGCUCAAUGGCAAAGAGGAGGACAUAACCCACCCAAGACUACAGUCCUGUCUCAGAGAGAUUAGACGACUAGCAAGGAAGAGACGUAAUGAUGGGGACCCAGGUUUGGAAUCAACCGGCUUGUCUCACAAAGUCCACAUCUGUUCUGUUAACAACUUUCCCACUGCUGCCGGCCUUGCAUCCUCAGCUGCUGGAUUCGCUUGUCUAGUUUACACUCUGGCCCGGGUGUUCGGUGUGGAAGCGGAGUUGUCUGGGAUUGCUCGGCAAGGAUCAGGCAGUGCAUGCCGGAGUAUGUAUGGAGGGUUUGUCCAGUGGGUCAUGGGACAGAAAGACGAUGGCAAGGACAGUCUGGCCCAGCAGGUGGAGCCAGAGACUCACUGGCCAGAGCUUAGAAUCCUUGUGCUGGUGGCCAGUGCUGAGAAAAAGUCGGUGGGAAGCACCUCGGGGAUGCAAACCAGUGUACAAACAAGCUGUCUCUUAAAGCAUCGAGCUGAGUCUGUUGUUCCAGGCCGGAUGAUAGAGAUGAUUGAAGCAGUGCAGAGAAAGGACUUUGUUGCGUUUGCUGAGCUAACCAUGAAGGAUAGUAACCAGUUCCAUGCCACCUGCCUGGACACGUACCCUCCCAUCUUCUACCUCAACAGUGUGUCUCAACGGGUUGUCAGUUUAGUGCAUCGGUAUAACAGACACUACGGGGAGACAAGGGUGAGCUACACAUUUGAUGCAGGUCCCAAUGCUGUAAUCUUCACUCUACAGCAGCAUGUUCCUGAGUUCAUUCAGGCUGUUCAGCAUUUCUUCCCGCCAGAGACCAACGGGGGACAGUUUAUUAAGGGUCUUCCCGUUGGCAAGGCUGUUCUUUCUGAGGAACUCAAACAGGCUAUUGGCCUAGAGCCCAUGCCAAAGGGAAUAAGCUACGUUAUUAGUACCAAGGUUGGACCAGGCCCUUGUGUUGUGGAGGAUCCUGCUGAGCAUCUGCUUGGAUCUGAUGGUUUCCCUAAGAAAACUGCAUGAGGCCCUGCAGCCCUGAAGGAACAAACUUCUACUGAUCAAUAAUAAAGUAAUAAAAACUGGACUGGUCAUA